UGAGUUGUGCACAAGUUCAUUUGUUAGACUUUAUCUGACUUUCCGUUCCCCAAUGUGUCUAUUUAACCUGCAUUACCUCAUUUGCGCUUCUGUCUUCUCCCGGCAUUUUUUCAGUGCUCUACCGUCCGACGCUUUCGCAUUGCAUCACCUGCGCCGGCACAGAAUGCGCGUGUCUUUUCCAUCCGGAUUCGACUCUAUACUCGCCACAGCGAACUACCUUUGAACUGAUGAAAAUUUCAGCUGCUCAAUAGACGCGAGGCUCGAGCCGCCGCCGCCGCUUCGCUUCUGUCCGUGGUGCUGAAAUGCGCGCGCCCUCUAAGUAGGCUACCUUGCGGUUUCACACUAACGCUGUUACUUCAGAACGGCUUUUUGAAAUAAUUCGAUAAAUAAUUCAAAGCUACCAUCGAUGCGUCUCGCGUCUUCGAGAAAUACCGGGAUUGAAAAAAAAAAAUUAAUUAAAUUUGCCAGCCGAGAGUGUAUUUAGGCUGUAUCGAUUUUUUUGAGGAGCGAGCGAGGAGCUAAAGAAAAAAAAAACAUUUUUUGGAGGCAGGGUCUGUGUGUACUUCAUACGGAACCUCCUCAAGAAACCUCCUUUUCCUUUUUAAACUUAAACUAAAAGUCCUCAAGGAAGAAGAAAGUUUUUUUUUUUUUUUUUUUCCCAGACAGGGGAUGAAUAUUUCUCAUUUCCGAUUCUGCUUUGGAUUUUCCUCCUGGAUAGAUCGCUAUUAAAUCGAGCGCCAUUCACGCAGAACUUGCUUGAAUACAGAUGAUAAUCUGAACAGAGGCUUCACGCAAGCAGCAGUGUGGAGAUGGAAGCGUCCACCAACGGCUCCAGUUUUGGAAUCGACUCCCUGCUAUCCCACAGGCCCGGAAGCCCGGUCAUCGCGAAAGGGGACAGUUUGGUGGGAGAAUGCCGGUCCCCGCUGGAGUUCAGCCCCAGGUCAGACUUAGAGAGCGGUUGUUCCUCUCCUCCGUCCCCGCGGCGGGAGUGCGGCGAGGAUGCGGCGCAGAGACAGGGUCACCCGCUCGGGCUCGCGUCCCAUUUGCAGCACGGGCCGAUCAGCGCUGGAUCGCAACCUCGGACUGUCACUUCAUCCUUCUUAAUAAGAGAUAUUCUGGCUGACUGCAAACCUUUAGCGGCGUGUGCUCCUUACUCCAGCAACGGCCAGCCGACUCAGGAGGCAGGGAGGCUGGCAUCUAAAAUCGCAGACGACUUCAUUGAAAAGAUCCACAGCAACUCUUCGUCAGACAGUGAAUACAAAGUGAAGGAGGAGGGCGACAGGGAGAUCUCGAGCAGCAGAGACAGCCCGCAGGUUCGCCUGAAGAAGCCACGGAAAGCGCGGACCGCCUUCACUGACCAUCAGCUCGCCCAGCUGGAGCGCAGUUUCGAGCGUCAGAAGUAUCUGAGCGUGCAGGACAGGAUGGAGCUGGCAGCCUCUCUCAACCUGACCGACACGCAGGUCAAAACCUGGUACCAGAACAGGAGGACCAAGUGGAAGAGGCAAACGGCGGUCGGACUGGAAUUGUUAGCGGAGGCUGGAAACUAUUCCGCGCUGCAAAGGAUGUUCCCUUCGCCGUAUUUCUACCCUCAAAGCCUGGUGUCGAACCUGGACCCCGGAGCGGCGCUCUACUUAUACAGGGGACCUUCGGCGCCCCCGCCGGCGCUGCAGCGUCCUCUCGUUCCCCGGAUUCUUCUGCACGGUCUCCAGGGCGCCAACGAGCCGCCGCCGCCUCUGCCCCCCCUCUCCGGUGUGUUACCCAGACCGACACCACCGCGAUGAACGGCGCGAUUCGGACUCGUUUGCAGUACAUGGCAGCUUUGAACUCCACCAUCACAAAAAAAAAAAAAAAAAAAAAAAAAAAAAAAAACAAAAAUUUGUUUUUCUGGUGACAAAAUAUUCGAGAAAUUUUACGAAGCCACAAAAACAAACGGACGCAAAAGUGAUUAGAGACAUUUUUAAACUUUAUUUAAAUAUUUAUUUUACUUAUCUUUUUUUGUAACUUAUGUUUAUAUUUUUUAUUUACCUUAAAUGUUAAAUCUGGAGGAAACAAACACAGACCGUUAUAUACUGAACGCACUAAUAACGGGACUUGAUUCUACAGGGACAUUUCGUUUUGCAAAUUAUUAUUAUUAUUAUUAUUAUUAUUAUUAUUAUUAUUAUUAUUAUUAUUAUUAUUUUAACUAGUCGAUAUUACGGUUGUUAAUUGUUGGUGCAUCCCCUGACGCAAAGAAUAUUUAAAUGGUAGAUUCAUAUUUAAUUAUCCUGAGAUGAAAUCCAGGUCAUAAAUCGCGGGCUUUGUAGUGACCCUCUAAAAUGUACAAAGGAAAAGAGGUGUAAAUAAGAAUAUUUUGUUUUAUGUCGAAAGACAGAUCUCGAUUUUUCUCUUUUUGUAUCAUAUUUCCAAGCCUUAAGUUAACAGGUGAGACUGACUUGAGCAGCACAUUAAAACCCGACACGUCUACAGACUGAAAAAAGCAACUUUAAAUGAAGAAGCGUCGCCUUUCUGUUUGACAAACAGUUGAAUGGCGCGGAGUGCUACGCCUGAACAGGUGGAUCGGACGAGAUGGAUUAUUAAUCGAUUAUCAAUCGAUUAUUUUUGUGCUGCUUUUUUCGUUUCUAUAUUCCCGCGCAACUGCCAGCAGUGUCACUUUGAUGUCGACGGGAAAACGCCAAGUCCUCGUUUCAGAUCACGUGCGAUCAAUAAGGCGUCUGAAAGGAGACGGCGCGCAAAGUGUUCGCCCAGGCAUUGUGCAAUAACUCUGUAUAAAGCCGUUGAAAUAUCUUGUCAUUCUUUCUGGUGAAGCUGUAUAUUGAGAAUAAUGAUUUGUGAAGUAAUGAUUCUCGUAACUCCAGAUGAUUUUCGUUCGUGCCCCCCCACCCCGGUGUGCUUAACUUCUUGAAAACUCUUAAAACCGCUGGAUGUGCGGGGGAGGGUGGUCUUUAAGCAAGGAGAAUUACUUUUAUAAAUGUGCUAAUAAAGAUCUUUCAUUAAUUUA